GCACACGGCCAUCAAUUUUUUUCCCAUGUGUAUUUCUUCGAUCCGGCAUCUUUUGAAUUUUGUUUUUCAUUUUCAAAAUUUUGAAUCAAAGAAAUAACGAUACCGCAAGAAAAAUGGGAAGCGAAAAAGUUGAUCUAAAACCCAAUCAUACUAUCUAUAUUCGUAAUCUUAAUGAAAAGAUUAAAAAAGAAGAAUUGAAAAAAUCACUUCAUGCAAUUUUUUCACAAUUUGGUACAAUAUUGGAUAUUUAUGCGGAAAAAUCAUUAAAAUUACGUGGACAAGCAUUUGUUAUAUUUAAAGAUAUUAAUUCAGCAUCGAAUGCUAUACGUUCGAUGCAAAAUUUUCCAUUCUACGAUAAACCAAUGCAAAUUCAAUAUGCACGAAAAGAUUCGGAUUUGAUUGCCAAAUUGAAAGGUACCUAUGUUGAACGACCAAAACUACCACGUUCAGAUGAACCGAAAAAGAAGAAAAAAGAAAAACGUAUAAUGCCAACCAAUACAGUGAAUGCUGCCGGUAUUCCACAUUCAGCAUUAGCCGAACAACCACCAAAUAAUAUAUUAUUUUUAACAAAUUUACCACCCGAAACAACUGCACCAAUGGUACAGGUAUUAUUUACACAAUUUUCUGGUUUUAAAGAAGCACGUCUUGUACCCGGACGGCAUGAUAUUGCAUUUGUUGAAUUUGAAACCGAAUAUCAAGCCGGUAUGGCUAAAGAUUCAUUACAAGGAUUUAAAAUUUCACCAACACAUUCGAUUAAAAUUACUUAUGCUAAAAAAUAACCCUAAUCAAUCCACAACCACCAUUCAUUCAUUCAUCAAUUCAUUUUGUUUAUCUUUUUUUUCCCCCUCAGCAUUCAUUUCAAAAAAAAAAUU